AUGGCGGGACGACUUCAGGGCGGUCGACCGUUGCCCCAGCCUCCCUUCAGCCCGUCGGGCUACUACCACAACGACGCCGCGUGGUACGAGCACGAGGAGCGAAUGAGGCCUUCAUACAUUCAACAGCCACCCAUCAGCCCGUCAGCCAGAUACAACCAGCUCUACAGCCAGCAGCAGCACCAACAGCAGCAGCAGCGGCCCAUGUAUCAGCCGCAGCAGCCGUCCCAGCAGGCCAUGCUGCCGCCUCAGAACACCUACCAGCCCUACCAGCAGCCAGGCCAGCCCGUCUACGGCGGUGGCGCCUCGUAUGCUCCCCGGCCCGGCCAAGGCCGAAGCCAGAGCCCCGUUGUCCCCGGCAGCUUUCCGAACCCCUAUGAGUCGGCGGGUCGAUCCCGCUUCGCGCAGGGGCAGCGGGACGACCCGGACGACAUGCCCAGGUCCACAGUCAAGGGAAGCGCCUUUAUGCACAAGGGCUUCUGGGACAUCAUGUCGCUCGUCAACAACCAAGGAGCAUCGCGACUGGCGCCUCCCACACAGGCCAUCACGGCGCCAUCGAGCCCAGGACGGCUACGGGCUACGCUGUCAAAGGCCACCGGCGGCUUCAGGAGGAACAGCAUCGAGCCGUUUCAGGCCGGCCCGGAGUACGGCGGCAAGCCGGCUCAGUCGCCCUCGAAGGCAACGCGGGACGCCUCGACUGCCCCCGCGCCCGGGGCCUAUCCUGCCACUCACGCCCCGGCCUCGUCUGGCAUCGGAGCGGCGCUCUUUGGCGGGGCGGUGAUGGGUCCGCGUGCGCAAAAGAAGCGGAUAAGCGUCGACAUGGUGAGCGCGCCUCGCCCGCAGAGCUUCGUGCACGCCGCCCAUGCCAGCGACGCCGAGCAGGCCGAGGAGAUUCUGCUACGCUGGAGCCGGGACGGCAUGGGCAAGGUGGCGAACCCGGACUGGGUCGAGCCCAUCAAAGAGGCGCUGAGGAUGCAGGCCGCUCGGAACCAGGCCGAGGCCAUCGCCCAGGUCCAGGCCGCGCUGCACCAGGAGAGCCAGAUCAACGACAACCCUCGCCAGCUGCACAUCGUCAAUGGCGCCCCCUCGCAGAGCUCGACUAUCACCACCACCACGGCCACGGCGGGCCACAGCCAGCUGACGAUCCCGAGCCCGGGAACGUACAAGGGCACCUACUUUGGCAACGGCGGCGCACCUACCACGCCGCGGGGAGGCGAGGUAUUUGCCGGCAUCGCCGAAGAGACGCGCGGCUCGGAUGGAGAGCCGCUCGAGGCGGCCAUGCAGGCGCAGAUGAACCUCGGCGCACCCCCCGAGUCGCCUCGCAGCGCCGCGCCGCCGCCGACGCUGCGGCCGGCCACGGUGCGGACCAACACCGCCGGCACCCUCCUCCUCAACCCGUCCCCAGGCAUCCCCGACGAUGCCCGCGGCGUGCCAGACUACAUGCAGUACCGGCCCCCUUCGCCGGACCGCCCGCCCGCGACCAAGCCGAUCGACGGCCUGCCCGGAGGCGCCCCCGGCGGCAUCAAUGCUCUCUUCGAGCCGCCAAAGGCCGAGCGGCCCGAGUCGAUGGUGGUGCUCGACAGCCUGCGCAGCGUCGAGUCGGCCGGACUGUCGCAGCUCACCAUUCAGCCCGACCUGAUGCGCGGCGCCAACGUGCGGCCCAGCCUCGAGACGGUCGAGAAGAGCGUGGCGGCCAAAAUCUACUUUGAGAACCUCUACUUUGGCAUCCUCAAGAAGCCAAAGGCACGCGACACGCGGCGCGCGGGCCUUGAGGCCGAGCUGGCCGCGCUCAGGAUUCCUGAGACGGCAAAGGAGCAGAUCCGUCAGGCCUGGAUGGCCAACGAGACAAAGUACCUGCGCGACAUGAGGGCGCGCGUCAACGUCAACAGCUUUGUCAAGCUCAAGACCAUCGGGCACGGCGCGUUUGGCGUCGUCGCCCUGUGCCGCGAGAAGGGCACCGGCGAGCUGUUUGCCAUGAAGCAGCUGCGCAAGGCCGACAUGCUGCGCAAGGGCCAGGAGGGCCACGUUCGCGCCGAGAGGGACCUCAUGACGAGCGCCAGCGCCAGCGCCAAUGCCCGGUGGAUCGUCAAGCUCGUCUACAGCUUCCAGGACGUCGACCACCUCUACCUCAUCAUGGAGUUCAUGGGCGGCGGCGACCUGCUCAACCUGCUCAUCGAGAAGGACAUCUUCGAAGAGGACUUUGCGCGCUUCUACGUCGCCGAGAUGAUCCUCGCCAUCCACGAGGCCCACAGCCUGGGCUACAUCCACCGCGACAUCAAGCCCGACAACUUCCUCUACUCGUCCGACGGCCACAUCCGCCUCGCUGACUUUGGCCUCUGCCAGUCGUUCCACUGGGCCCACGACGGGGCCUACUACGAUCAGCAGCGCCGAAACCUGCUCAAGAAGCACGGCAUCGACCUCGAAGACUCGCACGCCGGCGCCGGCGUCAGGCGCCGUGCCCAGGCGGGCGGCAACCCGAGGAUGGGCGCCGGCCUCAACGACAAGGAGCUCAUCGACGUCAUGAGCGAUCGCAACCCGGAUGGCACGCCCAUGACCCAUGUCCUGACGUGGCGCGAGAAGAACAAGAAGAAGAUCGCCUACUCGGUCGUGGGCACCAACAACUACAUGGCGCCAGAGGUGCUACGCGGCCUCGGCUACGACCAGGCGUGCGAUUGGUGGUCGCUCGGCGUCAUCGUCUUUGAGAUGCUCUUCGGCUACCCGCCAUUCGUCUCCAAGUCGAGGCACCUCACCCGGCAGAAGAUCCUCAACUGGCGGCAGACGCUGCGCUUCCCGCCCAAGCCCAAGGUGUCGCGCGAGGCCGAGGACUUUAUCAAGCGGCUCGUCUGCGAGCGCGAGGAUCGCCUCGGCAGCACUUCGAGCGCCUCGGUCAGUCGGCCCAACAGUGUGCUGCAGAACGCGCGGAGGUCCGGCUUCGCCGCCGGCGCAAACGCCGCGGGCGCCGCUCCGUCGGCGCCAGGCCUGCAGGACGGCGUCGAGGAGCUCAUGUCGCACCCGUGGUUCCGCGGCAUCGACUGGAACAACCUCCACCGCGCCAAGGCUCCCUACCGCCCCGCACUGUCCCACGCCGCCGACACCAAGCACUUUGAGGACGACAUCGAGGACGAGCCCCUCCCGGCGCCCGGCGCGGCCGAGAACCCCAACGCUGAUCAGCCUCGAGACCCCAUGCUGCGGGACAAGGAGCAAGGCCAGAAGCUGCUCGAGAUGCGCAAGCAGCUCGCCUUUGUCGGCUACACGUUCAAGUCGCCAAAGUCGUUUGACCCGCGCACGCAGCUGGCCGACGAACGCAACGUCAUUGCAGCCGAGCAGGCCGCCGCCGAAGCCGCCCGCGGCCGGACCAGGGAGCCGACCGAAGGUGGAAGCCGCAUCCGCAGCAUGUCGAUGUGA